ACACGCGUCGCCCGCCCGCCCGCCUCGAAGUUUCGCCGCGGUUGCCGCUGCUGCUGUUGCUGCGAUUGUCGAGCGCUCGGCGCCGAUGGAACCCGCAGGCCACGCCACCGCCGCCGCUCCCGUGGACCUGUCGCGCUCUGCCGCGCCGGUGGGUCUGAACGGCCCGGUUCCCGCGGGGGUGCUGAACGCGCCAUCACUGAGCGCGGGGCUGACGACGCCUCCUGGUUUGGCCGGUGCCGGACUCAGCCUGCUGCCGAGCCUGUACGGCCGUGCCGGAGGCGCGGGAGACUACGGUGUGCCGGCGAGCAGCGGAGGGGACGCGACCGAGUGCCGCCUGGUCGAGUACCGCGGCGAGCGAGUGGCGGCCUUCGUCCAGCGGAGCGGAGAGCUGCUCCUCUGCCUGCCACAGGCGUUCGAGCUGUUCCUGAAGCACCUGGUGGGCGGCCUGCACACCGUGUACACCAAGCUCAAGAGGCUCGGCAUCAGCCCCAUCGUGUGCAACGUCGAGCAAGUGCGCAUACUGCGGGGGCUGGGCGCAAUUCAGCCCGGCGUCAACCGCUGCAAGCUGCUCGCGUGCAGGGACUUCGACGCCCUCUACCGAGACUGCACCACCGCAAGCUCGCGACCGGGGCGCCCGCCUAAGCGUUCCGGCAUCCUGCUGGGCCUCGCGGGCGCCGCGCAGCACCACCAGGCGGGAUCGGCGAUGCCCGUCUUGCAGGCCAUCAAGAAGAUGCGGCCAGACGGCGACUUCGCGUCCGCCUACGCCAAUGGAGAGGCUGUCUACGACGACUCGGUGGACAAGACCACCCUGCUGCUGAACUGCCUGCGGCAGCAGAUGGCCGAUCCACUGGGCCGUGGCCAGGGCCAGCCGGGCGCCCAGCCACUGCUGGCGAACGGGAGGCCGGAGAGCGCGGGUAGCCGCAACGAUGCCGCCUCGACGCCGUCGCUCGAGCCCCAGCGCCCGACGACCGUCCCUCCGUCGCACAAAACUGCUACGGGACCACCCGAACUUGUCAUGGAUGACAGCUGCUAUAUGGCCAUGGAACAAGGACACGCUGACGCCAAAUCUACUGCUGCAGAUGGUCGGACCGGCUACACAUUCGAGGUGGCCGCCCAGCACCCUAACCUGCCGCCGCAAGACCGUGGGGCCACAAGUGACGGGUCCGGAAGAACCGGGCCGCAAGGGGACGAAAGCCCGGACGAAGGUGACUCUAGUAAGGGCAGCUGCUGCCGCGACGAGCUGCUGGGCCCCGGUGAGGCCACUCCACCCAUUGCGGGGUUCCCGGAGUCUCUGCAGGAGGCGGCUCUGCUCCGCGCCUACGACGUGUACUCUAUGGAGGCCCUUCUGAGGAACAUACAGGCGCUGCUGCGUGUGGCCGCCGACGGUGCCAGGCAUCACGACAGACAGGUGUCCCUAGAAAAAGCCGAGCUUGGAAUGGAAAUUCUGCGUGAGCGAGAGUUGCGAGAAAAGGUGGAGAAGCAACUUGCUGAGGAACAGAAAUUUCGAGUGCUGUACCAGCGGCGUCUGCGGAGAGAGCGACGGUCACGACGCAAGGUUCAGGAGCAGCUCCAAAACGAGAUCAAGCGCAGGCUCAAGGCAGAGGAAAGCCUGCGCGAGUCUUCGGCCGACGCCGUGCGCUUUGUGGCCGAAUCCAUGGAGUCAAAGGACGGUUCGGACCAGGAAUUCAGGCUAGACACUGAACAAAAGAUGCACGAUUGCGCCAUGUCUGUCUACGCUCCGGAACCACCUCGGUGCGGCAGCCCCGGGAGGUAGCGCGGUCGCGACGCCGAGCGGUUUUCGCCGCUGGACGGCGGUGGCGGCGCCUCCUCCUCCGCUUAGCGGGACGGGAGCGGCCAUUGCUUCCGUGGUAAGCUAGUAACGACGCCUUGCGUCAAGCAGCCAAGUUCGUACAUAGCGGAGGAACUGGAAGAGUGACGUGGACGUGUGUACAGGUGACCUCUCGUCGUUGUACGCCAGAAAAGAAAAAAAAACAGCAAGUCCUCGCUUCUGUUUCCUCGUAGUUUGUCAAUAAAAUGGCAUAGCCUUUGCUGCAGAUUCAAAUCUUCUCACUUAGUAACUUCGGUGACAUUUGUCAUGAUCUGCGGUGCGCAACUUGUUUUUCUUUUCUUUUUUUUCUGCGCACUUGACCGCUUAGAGCGCAAUAGCUCAGCACGCCUCGUCACAAUAUGCUUGACAUUGCGAUACGCAUUCACGGUCAGUAGUUUCCAAUUCACAGCACAAGCUUUCAUUUAGACUGAGUAAUAAGGCUCGCAGAGUAGUGUUGGCAUUUUGAGGUAGUGGAAAGCAAAAGCAUCCUGCUCGUAUAAUUUGUAAUACUAAGUAUCCAAUACAAGCCCCGCUACAUGGCGCGUAAGUUCUCCUGAAACUGAAGUGGGUUGCUCGGGAACUGUUGAUCAAGAAUCUGUUUGGCGUUAGCCUUCUUGAGCUCGUGCGCCAUGCGAGUCCGCGUCACGUAUGUACUGUACACACAGAAUGAAGCGCGACAGGGAA